ACAACACCUUCUAUUUUUAAACAUGACUCUCUAAAAAGAAAAACAAGAUUUGCGUACUACACCUUUGGCCCAGCACAUUAUGCUUGCGCAAAGCUAGUCCUAGCUGUGUCUCCAAAUUAUUCAAACAGUCAAGUUUCCUCGUGCAUGGUGAGCGAGCAUGGAGCUGUUUGGGCUAGACGUGUCUGUGACGUGGACGUUGGUUGUCGGCGUGCUGCUCUUGUUAGCAUGGUAUGAUUGGUGGUGUCAUCAUUAUUUCCAGAGACGAGGAAUCCCUGUGGCCGACUACAUUCCCUUCUUUGGGAACAUACUGCAAUGGCGUCGUGGAAUCCAGACAACUUUCACCGAUUAUGUUAAGAAGUACGGAAGAGUUGUCGGGACGUACGUGUUCCGUAAGCCAGUCCUGAUUAUCGCCGACCCUGAUCUUCUGAAGAACAUCCUGGUCAAGCAUUUCUCGAGUUUUUACAACCGUCGGAUUCCCUCGAUAUCUCAGAAACCUUUAAACAGAGGCAUGACUCGGCUUGUGAAUGAGGAAUGGAAAGAUGCGCGCAACGUCAUCACUCCGUCAUUCAGUGCCUCCAAAAUGAAAAAGAUGUCUUCGAUGAUCAAUGAGUGUUGUGAUACUCUGGUGGCGAGUAUCGGUAAGGCGCGAGAGGGAGACAAGUUCAUCGACUUCAGAGUUGUGUUCGGUGGCUUCACAAUGGACGUCAUUGCCAAGUGCGGUUUUGGUCUCGAGGUUGACUCCCAGGGGAACAAGGAUGAUCCGUUCGUUAAGAACGCAAUGAGGCUUUUGAAUUUCAACAGGUUUAAUCCUUUGUUCCUGAUUUUGACUGUUGUUCCGUUCAUGGGACGUGUGUUUGCCUUCUUGAACAUAUCUUUGGUUGCACCUGACGCCCUCAAGUUUUUCACGGACGUGACGGAGGCCGCGUGCAAAAUGCGAACGGCAGAGGGCGCACAGGCCUCCCAGCGCGUUGAUCUUCUUCAGUUGAUGCUGAAUGCUCACAAUGACCCCGAGGUUGAUCAGGAAGACACGCCCUCUUCAGACAAAGCCAAAGGAAAGGGCGUGGUCCAACGCAAGCCCCUGUCGACAGUGGAUGUCAUAGGGCAGUCUCUCACUUUUUUCCUGGCUGGUUACGAGACCACCAACACGCUGCUGAGCUUCACUGCCUACCUGCUGGCUACCAACCAAGACACGCAAGAGAAACUGCACGCUGAGAUUGACAACCUCGCUCCCACACGUGACAACCUCGGCUAUGACGUCAUCGCCAAGAUGGAGUAUAUGGACAUGGUGAUCAAUGAAUCACUGCGCAUGUAUCCCCCAGCAGUCAUGUUUGAUCGUGCGUGCAAUGAUACCAUCACCUUCGAGGGCCUUACCAUUGAAAAGGGUGUGGGAGUGAUUGCCAGUGUCUGGACUAUUCAUCAUGACGAGGAAUACUGGAACAAUCCCGAGAAGUUUGAUCCCGAGAGAUUCAGCCCUGAGAACAAGGCCUCCAUCAAACAGUGCACUUUCCUACCAUUUGGCUUCGGUCCUCGUAACUGCAUUGGUAUGCGCUUUGCCUUGCUGGAAGCCAAGAUGGCGCUGGUCCGUGUGCUGCAGCAGUAUCGCUUCGAUGUCUGCUCAGAAACCGAGAUCCCACCAACUGUUGGCAAGGCAGGUCUCAUGUCACCCAAGAAUAUAAAUCUGAAGGCCGUUCCAAGGAACUAACCGUCCAAAUCAUAUUUGCAACCACACCCAGACUCCUUUGCCUAUUUCAUCUGAGUCUGUCUAAGACAUAGCCGGUGUUUGUUUGUUUUUUCGAUUUUAGUUUAUUUUAAUCUUAGUCUAGGUUUGACCAAUUAAGGAAAUUGUUUACCCAUGUCCAUUGCAUUUAACGUGUACCCUUAUUGUUUAAUGAUAUAUCUUUCCGAGUAUUCUUAUUUUUUCUGCAGAAAAGAUAAAUCUCUUGCAAAGUUUGUGGUUGAUUCCAUGUGCUUCGUGCAAGCAUCCUUGACAUUGACAAUGUGAGACAUUACUAUCGUUGUGUGGUGCUUUUCCACAUCACGAUUACUAAUUAAGUAAAGGAUGAAUUAGCUUGGUGUUGCUAUCACUUCCUGACUGGUCGCCAUUCCUCUUUUCGAUGUAGGCUUGUACAGAGUAGAGCGAUCGGGAACCAGUUUUAAUUCGUUCUUGUUGUAAGGCUACGCAGUCCUUUUAAUUCACAUUAUGCAAAGCCUAUACCAGAUAUCUCGCACUUCUAGUUUGGUACGUAAUUCACUCUUCAUCAAGACUGCUUUGAACAAGCUGCUUGUUUAAUUUUUACCGUUUUGUACCGUAUACAAUAGUUGAUGUUUAGUUUAUGUCAAAGGAAUUUUAGUAAAUUCCAAAAUGUGAAAUUUAAUUACAAGUAAAUCUAAUGUCAAUCUAAUAAAUUCAUAGAUCAUUAGCUUUGCAGCCAUUCUUGGGGUGUGCAUGGGUAGACCAUUAUGCAUUCAUUAAAAACUACACAAAAUGCCUCAAACAUGGCUACUUGAUGCUAAGGGUCUAUAGUGCGUUUUGUGUCCAAAUACAAAUAAUACACGUACUAAUCUCGGUGUCACACAAAGAGUGCGUUCGAUUACUUCCCCGCGCUUACUCGUGCAAGCGCGACAGCGUUCGAUUUACCUCUCACGUGACUU